UAGGAGCCGCUUGCGUCAUUGCUACCGGAGGUGCGGCGGCACCCUUAAUAAUUGCUGCGGCUGGCGGUGGCGUAGCAGGACACUUAGUUGGCCAUAAAGUAGAGCAAGAAGAAAAGAAAGUUAAAAAUCAAGCCAAAGAUCUGGCUAUUCGCGACCAAACUAUUGCAACUUUGAAAAAGGAUAAUGAAAAGGCUCAAACUGAAAUUAGCGAGAAAAAUAAACAAUUAAAAGAAAUUGACGACAGGAUACAAAGAAGAGACCAAGAAGUUAAAAAAAUACAAAAUAAACUAAAAGAUCCUAAUCUUUCAGAAGAAGAUAAGCGAAAACUGAAGAGUGAAUUAGCAAUUUUAUUAACUCAGCAAGAAGAUGAUAAGAAGGAAAAAGAUAACAUCACUAAUACAAUUCAACAAUUAACCGAAAGAAUUAAGGACAAUAACAAAAACAUCACUACUGUCGGCUCAGGUUCUCAUGAUAAAAAUCAAGGAAUUUGA